AAGAAACGGAAAACCCAAAAAUAAAUAAAAAGAUUGAGCUAUUAAUUAAUGACAAAUACUAUACUAUUUUCCAACGAUACUUUCACUCACUCAAACUCAACUCGAACAUAAUAUAGAUUUUGCUUCCAUACGGCAACAUUCUGUCUCUGUUUCUGUCUCUGUACUAUCUUCAAUCCGACAGACACCAUGAAUGGAAAUUGUCAGAACAAUUAUAGUGGUGGUUGGAAUGAUGCGCCAUUCAAUGGUUUCAAUCAAGGACAGUUUAACUAUAAUUGCCAUCAAACACCGACACAAUAUGCCGAUAACAUGAACUUACCACAACAAACACCGGCACACUAUGUUGAUUACAAGCAGUUGCCACAUCAAAUGUCGACACAAUAUAUUGAUAACAUGCAGUUACCGCACCAAAUGCCGAUGACAUAUGUUGAUAACAGGAAAAUACCACAUCAGACGCCGAUGCAAAAUGUUGAUAACAGACAGUUACCACAUCAGAUGCCGAUGCAAAAUGUUGAUAACAAGCAAUUACCACAUCAGAUGCAGAUGCAAAAUUUUGAUAACAGCCAGUUACUACAUCAGAUGCCAUCGCAUAUGCAAAUACAGUAUGUUGAUAACAGGCAGUUACAACAUCAGGCGCCGAUGCAAAAUGUUGAUAACAGACAGUUACCACAUCAGAUGGUAAUACAAAAUUUUGAUAACAGCCACUUACUACAUCAAACGCCGACGCAAAUGCAAUACGUUGAUAAUAGGCAGUUACCAUAUCAGACGCCGAUGCAAAAUUUUGAUAACACUCAGUUACUACAUCAGACACCAGCGCAACAUGCAGAUAACAGGCCGUUACCACCACAUCAAAUGCCGGCGCAACAUGUAGAUAAGAGGUCGUUACCACCACAUCAAAUGCCGGUGCAACAUAUAGAUAACAGGCCGUUACCACCACAUCAAAUGGCAGAGCAACAUGUCGAUAACAGGCAGGUUCCACAUCAAAUGCCGACGCAACAUGUUGAUAACAGCCAGUUACCACAUCAUAUGCCGAUGCAAAAUUAUGAUAACACACUGUUACUACAUCAGACGCCGGCGCAGAUGCACUAUGUUGUUAACAUGCAAUUAUCACCUCAGAUGCCGACACAACAUGUAGAUAAUAGGCCGUUACCACCACAUCAAAUGCCGGAGCAACAUGUAGAUAACAGGUCGUUACCACCACAUCAAAUGUCGGCGCAACAUAUAGAUAACAGGCCGUUACCACCACAUCAAAUGCCGGAGCAACGUGUCGAUAACAGGCAGGUUCCACAUCAAAUGCCGAUGCAACAUGUUGAUAACAGCCAGUUACCAUAUCAUAUGCCGAUGCAAAAUUUUGAUAACAGACAGUUACUACAUCAGACGCCGGCGCAGAUGCAAUAUGUUGAUAACAUGCAGUUAUCACCUCAGAUGCCGACACAGCAUGUAGAUAACAGGCCGUUACCACCACAUCAAAUGCUGGCGCAACAUGUAGAUAACAGGCCGUUACCACCACAUCAAAUGCCGGCGCAACAUAUAGAUAGCAGGCCGUUACCACCACAUCAAAUGCCGGAGCAACAUGUCGAUAACAGGCAGGUUCCACAUCAAAUGCCGACGCAACAUUUUGAUAACAGCCAGUUACCGCAUCAAAUGCCGGCGCAACAAGUAGAUAACAGGCCGUUACCACCACAUCAAAUGCCGGCGCAACAUGUAGAUAACAGGCCGUUACCACCACAUCAAAUGCCGGAGCAACAUGUCGAUAACAGGCAGGUUCCACAUCAAAUGCCGACGCAACAUGUUGAUAACAAGCAGUUACCGCAUCAAAUGCGGGCGCACUUUGCUGUUAACAGAGACUUACCACAACAAACACCUGAAGACCAUGCUGAUAAGAAGUGCUUACCUCCACUUGUACACUGUGAUAUUUGUGAUAUUACGAUGAUUCCCGAGUGUUUGAAAGAGCAUGAUAAUGGAAGGAGACAUCAAAGAUUGUUAUUAGAACUACGUCAAAUGCCAGAAGGCUCUGCUGAUAAAAAGUGCUUACCACAACAAAUGCCAAAAGUCACUGCUAAUAAAAAGCCCUUACCACAUGAAAAUCGGGAAUGCUAUGAUGAUGGAUUGUGCUUAACCCCACUACCACCACUUGCACACUGUGAAAUUUGUGAUAUUACAAUGAUUCCCAUGUGUCUGGAACAACAUUAUAAUGGAAAGAAACAUAAAAAAGUGUUAUUAGAACUACGCAAGCAAUCAACAACACAUAAAACUUCAAAUGAAGAAGAGAGUAGACAUAUUCAAGAUUCUCAAAUUAAUCCAGUAGUGCAACCAAGGAAAGUUCCAAAAUUUACAAGGAAUCACAUCCGUGCAAUGGUUUCCAAGGGCAAGAAAUUUCUAGCUGAAAGGUCUAAAAGGAAAGUCAGGGAUAACAUGAAUGCAAAGGAUCGUGGCUUCAAGCGCAAGAUUGGAGGACCAACAGGAAGUAAGUACAUGAAAAUGAAUAAUGGGAAAAGAAGGCGCGUGAAAUCAUCAAACCCUGAGGUCAAUGCUCUGUCAAAUUCAGUCGAAUCUCUAGUCGAAUUACCUGAAUUAACACCAUCAUCAGGAUGUGUCGCUUCUCUUAAAACGGCACCAAUCCCCGCUGAAGAAACUAGUUUUGAGCUACGGUCACAACAUGUCUCAGCCUCACUGUCUCAAGAGUCCAAAGGCAAAGAACAUCACAAGUUUCAAAAUACUGUGGAAAAGAUUGAUCAGCCACAAUCAACUCCGGUUGAGUUGAGUGCCUCAACAGGGUCUAAUAAGAUAGAAUUUAUGAGCAAUGAUUUUGCAGCAAUAGCACCACUACAAGUCCCUGCAACUUCUCAGGUAUUCACACCACCAGCGGUGGGAUCAAGUUUUAAACCCAAAAAUCAUAUUGAUUCAGAGAGAGAAGUAACAGAAGCCAAAGAACAUCGUGAGAUUCAGAAUCGUGCUUUGGAAAGAAGUGAUCAGCCAGACACAAUCUCAAUGGAGUUCAAUGCCCCUACUGGUUCUGAUAUUAAUACCUUGAUGGAAGAUUCAUGUUCUGAUUCUGGUGCAGUAGUAAUAGCGCUACCUCAGUCUCCUAUUGCUUCUCAGGUAUCCACACCAGUAGCAGUUCAUAAUGAGAUUCAGAAUCAUAUUGUUGAUUCAAAUGAUCAGCAGCAUUUAGUAUCAAUGGAGUUGCAAGACCCUGCUGGUUCUAUAACUAACAAUCAAACCGAAGUUUUGAAUUCUGAUUCUACCGCGAUUGAAGUAGUUAUAGAACCACUUGCAUCCGCACCGCCAGAUGCAUCACGUUCAUGUUUUGAAGCCCCAACUGAACAUGGUCUACCUACUGAAAUUGAACCUGAAGUAUCGGAAUCCGUAGCAUAUUUUGACAGCCAACAUCCUACCGAGGAAACAAAUAUUGAACUGCUACCAUCACUCUCGAUGGAGAUUGAUGCUCUUUCAGAGGUCAGUGCUGAAACUGAAACUGAAAUGGAAGACGGAAGUUCUCAAGUGGAAGUGGAUGUUGUCGCUACUGAGUCAGAAACAACUAAGUUGCCUCAGGUAUCUGUUUGUCUUACAUGUGGUGAUGAAGGCUUUGAAGAGGCAAUAGUAUAUUGCAACAAAUGUCAAGAUUGUGCACGGCAUAGGUAUUGUUUAGAUGGGCCUGUGGUUUUUACAGACGAGGUUAUUUGGUUUUGUGAGGAUUGUGAACAAGAGGUAGUAGACGCGGAUUAUCCCGAUGAAGACACUACAAAUUCAGAAAAAGGCGAGGUUGAUUCUAUUAUUGAGGACUGUGUGACUGUUGUUGAUCCACAGCCUGUUGCCGAUCCAAUCUGGAGGGGAAGUUUACAGGUUUUCCAUAAAAGCGACGAUAAAACCACUAGACUAAUGGGCCAUUUGUCCACUUUAGCAUGCCUUAAAGUUAUUGAGGAGACAAGACAUCUCCCUAAUGUGCUUAAUGCAGACUUGCUUCAAAGAUCAGCUGUGUGGCCUGCAAGUUUCGCAAAAUUUGGAACAAAUAAUCAGAGCAUUGGCCUUUAUUUCUUUCCUCAGAAUGAAAGGUUUGAGAGAUAUUAUGAUCAACUAGUUGAUGAAAUGAUUUCCCUUGACCUUGCCAUACGAGCUAGGGUUGAAAAAGCUGAGCUGUUAAUUUUUCCUUCUACAAUGCUCCCAAGCCAAUAUAAGAGAUUUCAAUCAAAGUAUUACUUGUGGGGAGUAUUUAAAAGAAAACAAGCAGCAAGCACGAUCAAAGAUUCAUGAUACUGGUUCUGGAAAUGUUGCCGGUGUCUUAACAUGACAUUAGUCUUUUGAAUAGUUUGAGUGUACUAGUGAUGUUCUUUGUAAUGUGUACCUAACCAUAGUUUAUUUAUAUGCUUGUUAACAGUUUUACUUAGAUGUUUUCUCUUCGGGACCCCGUGUUUCUUUUAUACCCCUUGCAUUUGUACUAAAAAAAAUUCGGUUUCUGCGAACCGAAGUUUUUAUCAAGGGCAAAAUUGGAAUAUUGGGGGUAUAAAAGAAACACGGGGGGCCCGAAGAGAAAACAUCUUUUACUUAUCAUAUCAAGACCAAUUUAACCAUGAUAUCCUUUUAAAGUCAGGCCAACAUUUGACCAUCCUGAAUGGUUUAGGCCCCAAUUAACAUUAGCGCCACUUAGCGCAAUUAGACAGUGAUCAGAUAAACAUCUAUCGAACGUCAACUGUGAGAAAUCAGACCAAGAUGCCAACAACAAUGCUAGUAAUAAAAAUAUAUCCAACCUUCUCAUUGA